UCCUGGUCUACAGCGGCGGUCCCCUUCCUUGAGCACAGAUUGCGCUACCUCGGCUUCUGUUGUUGAUCUACAACACCUCUUGGUUGAUAAACGUGAGAGAUUCUGAUUCAAAUCUGUGAAGGACGUGAGAGGUAUUUGGGGAAUUUACUUUUAUGUACCAAGAAGUGGAACCGAUGAGAAAUUGCGGAUUCGAAAAGGGGCAUGCUAUUUUAACGUGAGAGAGACUGUCUUCACUUUAAAACCGAUGAUAAGGUACUUUGAUGUUUGCAAAGCUAGCAGGCUAACCCCGGCAACGAUUUUCCUCUGUCGCCAGUUUGCGUCGAUGACCGUCUCAUGUAAAGUUACCGAAUUAAGAAAAAAAAACAACAACAUUCGUCUUAAACUUAUGUAAUGUUUGGAAUUGGUUAUGUUAAGUGUUGGCGGCUCCAAUGUUAGCAAUGGGUCCCAGUUUCCUAAAGGAACUGUAGUUUCGUGUCCAGGAGCUGCAUUCAUUUUCGAGCAUCACGUUUAGUGUUAUUCUUUCAAUACAAGUCAGUUGUUGAAGUUUUGUUGCGUUUGGGAUUUUUAAGUAUAUACGAUUUAUGGUUUCAAUGGAUACCUGAUGUAAAUUAAAGGUAACGCUGCAUACAUUGAUGAAAGAGAAUUGGGCAUAUCGCUUAUAUCGGGUAAAUUUAAGACCGUCAAUAGGUGGAGUACUGACGAGAAGGCUAGCUUGAUGAUCAUUCAAAAUCGCCCACAUGCUUUGGAUCAGUUCCCGGUCUUAUGAAAGGCCUUUGAAGCAGAAGGUGGAAGACUUGCAGCCCGUGGGAAGAUGGCGGAGCUCUCACACAGGCGGUGGUGAAGCCAAAACUUCGGGACUUUUUGGACUUAUCCCCGAACAUCUUGGCUCAUUUCAUAGAACACAUGCAGGCCAAAAAACGUUACUUAGUUUUGUUCUUUGCCGGCGUGUGUCUCCUUCUGCUAUUUUGUUUCGGGGGUAUUCAUGUACCACUUUCCAGACGAGGUCUAAGCCGGCGACAUGCGCGAACUCCUCACCCUGGGGCGCAGUGGCGUCGCUCCCCGGGGGCCGUUCAACCUUACAGCGCCUGUGAGCAAGACCGCAACGACGAUGCGAAUGACCACAUAUCUCCUCGUCAGAAGAGAGACGCAAUCGCCGGCCUUUUCUCUGGGAAGCAUUGCAGAAUGGAGUCCUGCUUUGACUUUUCUCUAUGUGAGAGAAAUGGCUACAAAGUUUACAUCUAUCCUCACCAGAAGGGAGAAAAAAUGUCAGAGAGCUAUCAGAACAUUUUGUUGUCGAUUGAAGGCUCCAGGUUCUUCACACCGGACCCAGACCGGGCAUGUCUGUUUGUCCUGGGUUUGGACACUCUGGACAGAGACCAGCUCUCACCGCAUUAUGUGCACAACCUAAAGGCAAAAGUCCAGAGUCUUCCACUGUGGAAUGAUGGUAAAAACCACAUAAUCUUCAAUUUAUACUCUGGCACUUGGCCUGACUACACGGAAGACCUGGGCUUCGACAUUGGCCUUGCCAUGCUGGCUAAAGCCAGUAUCAGCACAGAGAAGUUUCGACCCAGAUUUGAUAUAUCCAUCCCCCUUUUCUCAAAAGAACACCCCAGGACUGGAGGGGAACGGGGCUACCUUAAACAUCACACCAUCCCCCCAUUUAGGAAGUACCUGCUGGUAUUCAAGGGAAAGAGAUAUUUAACUGGAAUAGGAUCUGGUACAAGGAAUGCCUUGUAUCAUGUGCAUAACGCCGAGGAUGUUGUCCUUCUCACCACCUGCAAGCAUGGCAAGGAUUGGCAGAAGCACAAAGAUGCACGCUGUGACAAGGAUAAUGCAGACUACGACAAGUAUGACUACAGAGAGAUGCUGUACAACUCCACUUUCUGUCUAGUUCCAAGAGGACGUCGGCUAGGUUCUUUUCGCUUCUUAGAGGCAUUGCAGGCAGCCUGUGUCCCAGUGAUUCUAAGUAAUGGCUGGGAACUGCCUUUCUCUGAGAUAAUCGACUGGAACACUGCAGCUGUAAUUGGUGAUGAAAGGCUUCUUCUUCAGGUUCCCUCAACAGUUCGCUCAAUUCACCAGGAUAAGAUUCUCUCCCUAAGACAGCACACCCAAUUCUUGUGGGAGGCCUACUUCAACUCUGUGGAGAAAAUAGUUUUGACCACAUUGGAGAUCAUCCAGGAUCGGCUGCUUCAGCACAACGCGAGGAGUAACCUCAUGUGGAACAGUCUGCCUGGAGGUCUUUUCGCCUUGCCCCAGUACUCCACAUAUCUUGGAGACUUCCCCUUCUACUAUGCAAAACUUGGUAUCACGAUAUACCCCAAGUUUACAGCUGUCAUUCACGUAGUGACCCCACUGGUCUCGCAGUCCCAGCCAAUCAUGAAGCUGCUCGCAGCUCUUGCCAAAUCACAGUACUGUGCACAGGUGAUACUUGUGUGGAACUGUGACAAACCUUUUCCUGCCAAGCACCGCUGGCCUGUCACCUCAGUUCCUGUCUUUGUCAUAGAGGGUGAAAGUCAGGUAAACCCACAUCCAAAUCCUGCCCUCCUUAGAUGUGAUUAUUGCAGUAUUUACAUUGUGUCUGAGGUGGAGUUUGCAUUCACCGUGUGGCGAAGCUUUCCGGAUCGCAUCGUUGGGUACCCAGCUCGCAGUCACUUCUGGGAUAGCAACAAGGAGCGUUGGGGCUACACCUCCAAAUGGACCAACGACUACUCCAUGGUGCUGACUGGAGCUGCCAUCUAUCAUAAAUACUACCACUACCUGUAUACAACAUACCUUCCAGCCAGUCUAAAGACCAUGGUGAACCAGAUGUCGAACUGUGAGGAUAUUCUGAUGAACUUUCUUGUGUCCUCGGUCUCGAAGAUGCCCCCGAUCAAGGUCACGCAGAAGAAACAAUACAAGGAAACCAUGAUGGCUCAGAGCUCCCGGGCUUCUCGCUGGGCUGACCCGGACCAUUUUGCGCAGCGUCAGACUUGCAUGAACAAGUUUGCCAACUGGUUUGGCACCAUGCCACUGGUUCAUUCUCAGAUGAGACUCGACCCGGUCCUCUUUAAAGACCAGGUGUCCAUCCUGAGAAAGAAGUACAGGGACAUUGAGAGGGUAUAACCCUCCAGCGCCCCCCUUGCUCUCUGGACAUGACUGAGAGAGACAGAGGGCGAGUGAGGGGCUGUCCAUUUCUUAUGUUUCUUCAAUGGAUCAAGAGAGAAGCAAGUACGGGUAAGAAGAGUGACAAGGACAGAUUUAGCGGAAGGCGGCACACACACUUCACCUCAUCUCCUCUGUAUGGCAUCUUUUGUUUGUCCUGUCAAGUUUUGGGCACUAGCAGAUUGUGCAGCUCCAUCUCUAAUUUUAGGCACUGUAGGCCUAAAACUGACUGACCUUGAAGUGGAAUUGCCAAAGUCCUGGAAUUGGAUUUCUAAUGGUAUUUAUUUAUUUUUUUAAUUGCCCUAAAUGGUAACAAACCACUGCAGCCCUGUGAAACUGUUCCCCUCAGUAUACUAUGCACACGUUCAUGGACGUUUUGCUGAUGAUAUAAUAAUAGUCAGCAAUAUUCUAGAUUCUUCUAUAUUCUAGAGAAUGCCGAGUAUAACACUAUUUUGGAUGUGUUUUUACAGUUCUGGUGUUUUUUAAUCACAAUGCUGCUCCUACUGUUUCACAAGCGGUGGCUGGGUAGGUGGGGAGAGCAAUGACAUGCCCUUCUCUGCAUUUAGGGUAAAUUUAUGCUCAGUGCCUCAACAUUAGUCUUUUGAUUUGCAAAUCUGAAUAAAAAGAUGUGAUCCAAA